AUGAUAGAUCAUGUUCUAGGGCGACCUUCUGUACAAUUUCGCAAGAUACAAGUUUUGGCUGUAGUUUCUUUCUGGUCGUUUUACCUGUUCAGAGGGAACAGAGAUGGACCACCAACAAUCCGGAAACUAUCCCGCACACUCUCGAAAUACCUUACGCCAUGGCAAACCCUCGUCAUAACUCUCCUUUACCUCUACAUUGCACGAAACCUCGGAAAACUAGUUGGGUUGGAAUGUCCGGAGCCUUUGGCAAAUCUAUACACAAGAUCUUAUUUUCGAGCAACAUGGGUCACUACAGCGAUGGAUGCGGGGUUCUGGAGUGCCAUGCGUAUAAGACGGAAAUGGAUACGUGAUUUGGCUGGGAUGGUAUUUACGUUUUAUUAUUUGAUUGCUGCUGAGCAAGCUGAUGAAAAGGUACGAAAGGUACGAGGGAUGUUGACGGUGGAUCAUUUGAGGGUUAGUUGGAAUAAAGGGACGACUCCAUACUUGGGAUUUUUGUCCAAUUUAUUACGACCGAGAUUCAUGAGAUAUCCACCGAGAGCUAUACGAAUUCCCAGACCUUCGAGUAGUGAUUACAAAGAACCAGUCAAUGGAUGGUUGUUCUUCGAUGGGCCACUCUCGGCCUUGAAAAAUCAUACAAAGAUUGUUUUGGAUAUACCUGGUGGAGGAUAUGUAGCAAUGGAUCCAAGAACGAAUGACGAUAAAUUAUUUGCAUGGGCAGGAAAGACUGGAUUACCGGUUUUGAGUUUGGACUACAAAAAAGCACCCGAAUUUCCAUACCCCUACGCAUUGAAUGAAUGCUACGAUGUCUACAGCACGAUAAUCGCUAGUCGAGGUCGUUGCGUGGGCUUAUCUGGAGAUGUGGUUCCAAAAGUCGUCAUUACUGGAGAUAGUGCUGGUGGAAACCUAGCUGCUAGCACUACAUUAAUGAUCAUUGAAUCUGGAUCAACAGAUACUCGACAAUAUUUGGGACAGGGAGCACUUCCAAUCCCAGAUGGUCUGGUUCUCAUUUAUCCCGGAUUAGAUAUGAACAUUGGGAAUUGGAUGAGCGACGAACAGAUGAGUUUAAUCAAAGAUAGGAAGUAUAGGAAGACGAAUAAGGGUAUUCUUCAGAGAAAGAGUAUGCAGUAUACUUUGGCAGCGGGAACACCACAUCAGAGUGAAGACGAGGAUGAAAGUCCAAUGAAGUUGCCUUCGCCAUCACUGAACACGGAAGAAAGUACAGAAAGCUCUCCCGAAACACCAUCGGGAAUUACUCUACCAUCUCCUCAAUAUAGCACUGCCGCUCCUACCAUUCUUUCUCCGAAGUUAACAAGGACCCCCGCAAAUGUUCAACCGACCACCUCGUCAACAUCUCACCAUCCCGCCCCUCUGAGCACUCGUCUUGCUAUGUCAUCAAUGAUCUCAUACUUCAACGACCGUAUCCUCUCCCCGGAAAUGAUGCGCGCCAUGAUCAUUCUCUACAUAGGUCCUCACAAUCGUCCUGACUUUUCAACUGAUUAUCUUUUAUCUCCGAUACUUGCACCUGAUUCAUUGUUAGCUCGAUUCCCCAAAACAUAUUUCAUUACAGGAGAACGAGAUCCGCUGGUAGAUGAUACGGUUAUCUUUGCCGGAAGACUAAGGAGAUGUCAAGGAGAGGAUGCAGCGGAAGUCAUGUUAAUUCCGGGUAUAAGUCAUGGCUUCUUGCAAUUUGUUGGAAUCUUCCCAGAAGGAUGGAAAUAUAUUUUCCAAUGUGGAAAAUGGAUACAAGAAAUUUUCGAUGAUUCCGAACAGAGAGAACUGUCCAAAGCAAACGGAAAAGAAAAACAUCACAGAAGGACUAGAACGGAAAGUUCGGGGGAUGAAGAUAUGGGGCUGGAGAUGGGAAUGAGUCUUAGUGGGAAAGGAAAGGGGCCUGGGGAUAUCAACGGGAAUGGUGAGGUAAGGAGAAGAAAAGAAAAACUUCUGAGAGAAGAGAUUGGGAGGGGUAGUGGUAGUGGGGAAAGAGGAAGAACGAGGCUAAGAGGUGGAAUCAAGAGACAGAAGAGUAUGGUGAGUUUGGCAAGUGAGGAUGAUCUUUUGGGAAGGAGAAUGUUGGGUUUGGUGGGAGGAUUGACAGGGAGGGGUGAUGAUGGGCAGGUUCAGGUUCAGGUUCGGAAGAGUUUGGAGUGA